AUGGCACCUAAGAAGAGAGCAAAAACUAGCCAAGGGGCCAAUACUGCUUCAAGAGUGGCAGUUGACCCUCUAUUUGAUGAUGUGGGUGAAUACCCAAAGGGUGAAGAUAAUACACCGACUGCUUCACUGCCUGAUUCCACUACACAUGACCAUGCCACACCAAUUCCUACACCUACUGAGGGUGCGACGGUUCCUCAACCUGAUAUUCCGAUUCCACCUCGAGCCCCAGCUUUCGGUUCUGUGGCUUCUCAGGCCCAAAGGUCAAAUAUUGCACCCACAUCUUCUAGCCAACCAGGGGAUUCCACUAGUUCUAGGGUGAACAGGUUUCUGCAGUUGGAUCCUCCUGUGUUCACGGGUGUUAAUCCCAAGGAGGACCUACAGGACUUCAGUGAUGAGAUGCUUAAGACUCUCCGGGUUAUUCGCGCUACUGAGACAGAGGGAGUGGAGUUGGGCGCCUACUGCUUGAAAGGGGUGGCAUAUUCUUGGUGUUAUAAGAUUUGGGGAGAAAGGAAAGCUCAAUCCCAGAUAUAUCACGCCGUAUAUGAUCCUACAAAAGAUCGGAAAAUAGCUUAUGAGUUGGAGUUGCCACCAGAAUUAGCAGUUGUACACCCAGAUUAUAAUGCGGAGGUUCCUCCUAUGGAUUCGAUACCGAUUGAAAGAGAGUUCCCCGAGGUGAUCCUUACUGAUUUGCCGGGCACUCAACCCAUGUCUAUUCUACCAUAUCUCAUGGAUCCAGUUGAGUUGAAAGAGUUGAAGGAGCAGUUGCAUGAUUUGCUUGGAAAGUUGUUCAUCAUUCCUAGUAUUUCUCUUUGGGGUGCAUGGUUGUUAUUUGUGAAGAAGGAUGGUGCUACGGUGUUCUCUAAGAUUGACUUGAGGUCAGAUAACCAUCAAGUGAAGAUUAGGGCUUGGCAUUCGGGAUUUGAUGAACCGGGUGUUCAAGCCUUAUUUGGACUCUUUUGUGUGGUGUUCAUUAAUGACAUCUUGGUUUACUCUUGUAGUAGGGAGGAGAAUGAGCAGCAUUUGAGGAUUGUACUUCAAACCUUAAAGGAGAAGCAACUUUAUGCUAUGUUUUCUAAGUGUGAGUUUUGGUGGGGUUCAUUUGCAUUAUUAGGUCAAAUAGUGUCUAGUGAUGGUAUUAAGGUUGAUCCAAAGAAGAUUGAGGGGGUUCAGAAUUGGCGUAGACCUACUACAGCUACAAAAAGAAGGAGUUUCUUCGGUUUAGUAGGCUAUUAUCAUUGUUUUGUAUAG